UCUCUUUCAUCUUGAGUCCACCAAAGACUCUGAAACUAACGAACACUUUCUCUCUCCAUUUCUUGUUUCUCUCUCUACAGCAAUGAGCGAUCUUAAGGCCAAGUUUCUCGAGGUCUACUCCACCCUCAAGUCCGAGCUCCUCAAUGACCCUGCUUUCGAGUGGACCGAUGAUUCUCGUCAGUGGGUUGAGCGGAUGCUGGACUACAAUGUGCCUGGAGGGAAGUUGAACAGAGGGCUCUCUGUUAUUGAUAGCUACAAGCUGCUGAAAGAGGGGGAAGAACUAACCGAUGAUGAAAUAUUUCUUACGUCUGCUCUUGGCUGGUGUAUUGAAUGGCUUCAAGCAUACUUCCUGGUUCUUGAUGACAUAAUGGAUGGCUCUCAUACGCGGAGAGGCCAACCAUGUUGGUUCAGGCAGCCUAAGAUUGGAUUGAUUGCUGCAAAUGAUGCGAUACUUCUCCGCAACCAUAUUGCACGGAUUCUCAAGAAUCACUUUAAAGGAAAGCCUUAUUAUGUUGAUCUGUUGGAUCUGUUUAAUGAGGUGGAAUUCCAAACUGCCAGUGGGCAAAUGAUUGAUCUGAUUACCACCCUUGUCGGGGAAAAAGAUCUGUCAAAAUAUUCAUUGUCUCUCCACCGCCGUAUUGUCGAAUACAAGACUGCUUACUAUUCAUUUUACCUCCCGGUGGCAUGUGCACUUCUUAUGGCUGGUGAGGAUCUUGAGAAGCAUGUUGGUGUGAAAGACAUUCUUGUUGAUAUGGGAAUCUAUUUUCAAGUUCAGGAUGAUUAUCUGGAUUGCUUUGCUGAUCCAAAGGUUCUUGGCAAGAUUGGAACAGACAUUGAAGACUUUAAGUGCUCGUGGUUGGUUGUGAAAGCACUGGAACUUUGUAACGAGGAACAAAAGAAGACACUAUAUGAGAACUAUGGAAAAGAGGAUUCUGCUUGCGUAGCUAAGAUUAAAGUGCUUUACAAUGAGAUCAAACUUGAGGAUGUGUUUGCAGAAUACGAGAGCAAGAGCUAUGAAAGGAUAGUAAGGUCGAUUGAAGGCCAUCCAAGUGCAGCUGUACAAGCAGUGUUGAAAUCAUUCUUGGCCAAGAUAUACAAGAGGCAAAAGUAGUUUGGAUUGGAUGGCACAUUGUGUUUGUGUUGUUUUAAUUUCUUGUGGCAUAAUAUUUUCAUGAUGGAUCUUCUGCAUUUGUUGCUAGGCUUACCAUAACUGAGUUCAGUUCCCCAUUUACUUUGAUAUCAUGCUCCUGUUUGUUGUAGUAUUCACUCUGAUGCCCAGCAUUCUAAGUUGAAAUAAAACUGCAUUUUCUUUUCUUA